UUUAUAUUUAGCGCGGCCGAUCGGGUUUCGGGCGGGCGCGGUGACAUGGAGGUGGCGGUGCCACCCCGCGAGGGGGGCCCGGUGGCCCCGGGGACCGUGCUGGCUCUGUGGCCACCGGUGGCCCCCAGCAGGCGGCCCAAGAAAUCGGCCGUGCUCUUCUUCGAGGUGGAGAUCCUGGACGCCCGCACGAGGGACAAGCUCUGCUUCCUCGACAAGGUGGAGCCUCAGGCCACCGUGGCCGACAUCAAGAACCUGUUCAGCAAAGCCCAUCCUCAGUGGUACCCGGCGAGGCAGUCGCUGCGCCUGGACCCCAAGGGUCGCUCGCUGAAGGACGAGGAUGUGCUGCAGUCGCUGCCCGUGGGCACCACGGCCACGCUCUACUUCCGGGACCUGGGGGCGCAGAUCAGCUGGGUCACGGUGUUCCUGACGGAGUACGCGGGUCCCCUGCUCAUUUACCUGCUCUUCUACUUCCGGGUCCCCUUCCUGUACGGGCCCCGCUACGACUUCACCGCCAGCCGGCACCGCGUGGUCCACCUGGCGUGCUGCUGCCACUCGUUCCACUACGUGAAGCGGCUGCUGGAGACGCUCUUCGUGCAUCGCUUCUCGCACGGCACCAUGCCCCUGCGCAACAUCUUCAAGAACUGCACCUACUACUGGGGCUUUGCUGCCUGGAUGGCGUAUUACAUCAACCACCCGCUGUACACACCCCCGGCCUACGGUGACGAGCAGGUGAAGCUGGCGCUGGCCGUGUUCCUGUUCUGCCAGCUCGGGAACUUCUCCAUCCACGUGGCCCUGCGGAACCUGCGCCCCGCAGGCUCCAAGACACGGAAGAUCCCGUACCCCACCCGCAACCCCUUCACGUGGCUGUUCCUGCUCGUGUCCUGCCCCAACUACACCUACGAGGUCGGGUCCUGGAUCGGUUUCACCAUCAUGACCCAGUGUCUGCCCGUGGCCCUGUUCUCGCUGGUGGGCUUCGUGCAGAUGGCGAUCUGGGCGCAGGGCAAGCACCGCAGCUACCUCCGGGAAUUCCGGGAUUACCCUCCCCUGCGCUCGCCCAUCAUCCCCUUCCUGCUGUGACACCCUGGUCACCUGGGCCACCUCCUGUCACCUCCCUGCUGUGACAGCCGGGCCACCUCCUGUCCCCUUCCUGCUGUGACAGCUGGGCCACCCAGGCCACCUCCUGUCCCCUUCCUGCUGUGACAGCCGGGCCACCCACUGUUCCCCUCCCUGCUGUGACACCUGGGUCACCUCCUGUCCCCUCCCUGCUGUGACACCUGGGUCACCCGCUGUCCCCUCCCUGCUGUCACACCCGGGGCAGCCCUUGGGGACACUGGGAACACCCUGAUCUGUCCCCGUCAGUCCUGCCCUGAGCCCUGGGGACAGCGUGGGGACAGGGGACAUGGGCCCGUUGUCACCCUGGUGCUCACAGCAGGACACACAUCGGAGAAUGUGGCCCCACUGUCCCUUGUCACCUCCAGGGUGCCACCCCCGUGUCCCCUCCUCGGUGGCAGUGUCCCCAGCAGGGCUGGCCCAGUCCCAGGGACAGCAGUGGUGACCGAAGCCACCCCUGGUGACAAUGUGGUGUCACCCACACGUGGCUGGUGACCACAGCCCAGCGUCACCGUGUCCCCCGUCCCCAGAGGUGACAAUAAAUCCCAUCCCCCACCCGC